CUCAUAUCCGAGUGAGAGCCAUCCUCCCGACAACAACCUGCCGAGAUCAUGAAGGCCGCCACGCUGUUCCUCGUUUCCAUGGUCACCCUGACCCUCCUCCCCGCCGGUCACAGCAUAGACUACGAACAGAUCCUGAACAGCUUCCGCCCCAACGUCACCAACGGCGAGUCUUCCAUCACCGAAUCUCUGCUGGAGACACGUGCGUCGAGCGAGACGUAUGAAGACGCCUUCGUUGUCGACGAUGACGUAGAGAAAGACGUCGACAACGAGUCGCUCAGCUUCCUGCCCCUCCAGGAGCCGAUCCUCCCUUCAUCGAACCAAUCCGAGGCGAGCGAGUCCACCGUCAAGAAGAUGCUGACCCUCCCGGAGUUCGUCAACAACGCCUCUUCGAGCGAAUCCUCCUUCCCCAGCGAAGCCUCCAGCGCCGUUGACGUCAUGACGAACUCCUUCGUGACGUCAUCGUCGAGCUCGGAAUUAAAGGAACCCGGGGAAGAGGUGACUUCGCUGAGGGAGGAGGAAGGGGACGACGUGGUCUUGGGACCACAUAAGGGACUGAACCCCUUGCCAAAAAGCAUUCUCCAGAAAACUAUGGAAUGGAUGGGCGAUGCGUACACCAUGAGCAUCCUGCUGCCGAUCGGAGCGGGCAUCGUGUUCGCAGCCACCCUCAUCGUGAGCAUCGCCCUCUGCAGGUGCAUGAGGAAGAGAUGCAGGAGGAGGAGGAUGCGGAGGAAGACGCUGCCGGAUUCCGUGAAAAAUCUCAGGCCAUCCGACAGGGCAAGGUUGCUGGCUGAAUCUUCCGAUGACGAGUUUUGAUUUGAAAGAAAAAUCACAGAAGAAUAAAAAGAAUCUGCGGAAGCACGGAAAUUAAAUGAGGGACCAACGACAGAGUGAGGUCGGCAAAGCACACAAAUGCAGAUUCCGAAACUUUGGUGAAUGACGAAAAAGUCGACUUCGAAACCGGAAGUUUGUUAUUUUUCGAAACUAAGAGUUUUCACCAAUUGGUGAAAUAAGUAUGGUUUGUGCAAAUUCGAUCCUGUGAAACAAAAAUACUGUAAUAUUUAACACGUUUCACAGGGAUGAAAAACAAUUGGAACAAAAUUAAUCUGAAAAAAAAAAAUCGCCAUCAAAAACUUUGUUAUUUGUAUAUAAUGUAAUAAAACUAUGCAUAUGAGUUAUUCUUUUUUCUGUAAAACUUGCAUUCGUUUAAAAGCCACAGGGCCGGAUUUAAGGGAAGGCAGGCGGGGCUACUGCCUCGGUGCCCUCCACAACAAAGGGGCCCCCACAGUAAAAUUUUUAUAAAAUAUACUAACAGCAAAUUUUAUGUUUUUUCUCCUAGACUUUUUUUUUUCUAUUUCUGCAAAGAAUGCUUGCACAAGAAUAAUAAUAUUAUCGAUAUAUCAGAAAGCCCUGAUUGCAAGUAUCCAUUUACUAUCAAUUU